AUGCCGGAAAGAAUUAUGUGGUUAAGGCAGGAAUAUAAACCCGAGAAACAGCGCUUUGAAAAGCCAUUUGAACUGGAGAUCGAUGAUGAUCAUGACGCUCGUAGAUUUGAUGGCAAAAAUCAAGGGUUUUCAAAAAAAUUGACCCUGAAACUCGAGCAAAGUUAUGCAGCCUUAGGGACAACGGUUUGGGACGGAAGCAUUGCUCUUGCUAAGAUGUUCGACAGUCGAGAAAUCUUUCCUGUAAAUUACCUUCAGAAAUGCAAGAUCCUUGAAUUGGGCGCUGGUUGUGGUCUGGUUGGAAUUUAUCUUUGUUUGUUAGGUGCUAAGAUGUCGGUACUUACAGAUCAACAAUGUUGCAUUGAAACUCUUGAAUACAACGUGGCUAUGAAUAUCUCUGAUGUGUGCCGCAGUAAGAUCAAGGUCUUGGAAUAUUCUUGGGGUAACAGCACAUCGGAAUUGACAAUUGAUGGCUUGUUUGAUUUAGUGUUAGCUGCAGAAGUUCUUUACUCGCCAACAGACUCAAAGUUAUUAGCUCAAUGUAUUCCAAGGUUAACCCACAAGAAGUCAAAGAUUUUCAUAUCAAUGGGAAGGAAUCGUGGCGGAGAAGAAGUUUUUGUCAAGACAAUGAGAGAACAAGGAUAUCUUUGUGAGGAAGUAAGAAAUAUAGAGAAUAAUGGUUGGUAGUUUGGAGCUAACCCCCAACCCCCCCCUCCUCCGUUCCGCUUCCCUGGCUCAACUGAUGAAAAUGAGGGGGAAAAGCAACAGUGCUGAAUUUAAUCCUUUUACUCCCACAUGUGGCCAAAGCCAUCUUUGAACAAAAAAGUCAGGAUUUCAUUUCGUAAGAUGAAGAAGAACAGUGAAAGUGUGCAAAAAUGAUCUUUGAACAAAAAAGUCAGGAUUUCAUUUCGUAAGAUGAAGAAGAACAGUGAAAGUGUGCAAAAAUGGUGCUAAGGAAUUUCACCAAAAUUUAAUCAUUCACAGUUUAGUUCCAGAAAAUCUCGAUACUCCUCCCCCCAAAAGGAAAUUGGAAAUUCCUUGGGUAAAGGAGUGGGUCUCAAGAACUAAACAAGUAAAUGAAAUUUAUAAACCUUAAUUGGAAUUUCCAGAGGGUGGGGGUCUCAGGAAAAAUCCCUCAGAAGAGGUAUGGAUAUUUUCUAGUACAACACAGAAUAUGGAAUGAAUCUCUUUUGUAAUUUCAUAUACAUCUUUAUUAUUAUUUACCCAUCUUAAAAAUAUGGUUUUUGCAGGUCCCUAGGAGUCAACUUCAUCCAAAAUACCAGGAUGACAUCAUUAAGAUUCUUAAACUUUGUCUUGAAAGUUGA